AUGGCCCCGCAGAACCCUUCGAACGCAGUGGCUUGCUUGCUGCUGGGGAUUGUGGAAGCUUUCCUAUGGAAUAACUUCUACGACCCUAACCUGCUCUUCUCGAGGAUUAUCAUUCGCGCGUCGAUUUUCAAUAUCGUGGUCUGGCUGGGGUAUUGUUCGUUUAUAUACCCCAACUUUGUCAGUCCGCUGAGGCAUCUGCCGGGACCAAAGAAUGAAAUUCCCAUCAUCGGAUCUGGCUUCAAGGCCUUUAGGAAGCCAAUCGGUGGCUAUCACCUCAAGAUGAUUCGUGAGGUUCCCACAGAGAACGGCCUCAUUCACUAUCAUGGCUUCUUUGGCACCGACUCACUCUUCCUCGCUGGACCACGCGCCAUCGCUGAUGUUUUCGUCCACAAGCCAUAUGACUUCGUAAAGCCAGAGCGAGUAAUCAAGUUCUUAUCGACUGUCUUAGGAGACGGUCUUUUGUUGGCCGAGGACGACGAGCACAAGUUUCAACGUAAGAAGAUCAUGCCCAGCUUCAGCUUCAGGCACAUCAAAGACUUGUAUCCGAUUUUCUGGAAGAAAAGCAAAGGUCUAGUCGAGGCCAUAUCAUCAGAGAUCCACGAGAACCCGUCGACAUGGAGCGGCGGAGACGAUAAGGGAGGCCCGUGUGGAAAGGUCGAAAUGAACCAUCUUGCGACACUGGCUACUUUUGACAUCAUCGGCCUUGCCGGUCUGGGCCACGACUUCAACACCCUCAAGGAUGAGAAACACGAGCUCGUCGACACUUACGAGCAACUGCUCGAGACGUCCACUGAGAAGGCUAUCUACUUCGCCGCAAACAUGAUUCUUGGAAAUAAGACAGUGCAGAUGUUGCCAUGGAAGGAGAACGAGAGGAUGAAGCACAGCGCCACCACGCUGCGCAAGAAUUGCGAUCUCCUAGUCCAGCAAAAGAAAGCUGCCAUGAAGACCGGGGAGGAUUCCGACCACGUCGACAUCCUCAGUAUCUUACUCAAGUCAAACGACUUCUCAGACCACAAUCUCAGCGACCAACUCCUCACAUUCCUCGCUGCAGGCCACGAAACCACCUCCUCGGCCCUGACAUGGACCACCUACAACCUCGCCACACACCCUGAAAAACAAGCAAAACUCCGCGCCGAGUUACGCGACGCUCUGCCCCAACGCGGCGGCGUCUGGAACGAUGACCUUCCACUCACCCAAACCCUUGAGUCCCUCCCAUACCUGAACGCCGUCUGCAACGAAGUCCUCCGCCUCUUCCCGACCGUCCCCAUCACCAUCCGUGAAAACGUCCGAGACACGACCAUCGCCGGGACCUUUGUGCCCAAGGGCACGAGGAUUUUCAUAUCGCCCUGGGCAGUCAACCGAUCGCCGCAUUUCUGGGGUGCGGACGCCGAGAAGUUUGUUCCGGAGCGCUGGAUCGAUGCUGAGACUGGUAAAGUGACGAACGAAGGCGGUGCAGUGACGCAUGAUGGAAAAGGCGCGAAUUAUGUGAAUCUGACUUUUUUGCAUGGGCCGCGGAGUUGCAUUGGGCAGGGUUUUGCGAAGAGUGAAUUGAGGGCGCUGGUGGCGGCGGUUGUGCGGAGUUUUGAGUUUGAGCUUUGGAAUAAGGAGCAGGAGGUAGAGGUUGUCGGGGUCAUCACGACCAAGCCCAAGGGUGGUAUGUUGUUAAAGGUCAGGGAGACAUUAGAUUGA